AUGAGUAAUCCAUCUUGGGAGGUAAUCAAACAAAAGUUGAUGAAGCAUUAUGCAUAUUUGUCGAACAAGGAAAUUUUAACGAGUCAAAUGGAAAACUUACGUCAAGAGAAAGACGAAUCAUUGUCAAAAUACGUUGAGCGUAUAAGACAACUUCAGAAAGACAGAAAUUCGACAUAUAGCUUUAUGUCCGACGAUUUACGCAAAGAACAUGAUCGCAUAGCUCGUCGAGCAUUCAUAAAUGGUCUUAGAGACAGUAAAUUGCGAAAUAUUAUGACAAUCAGAGGCUCAAGUUCUUUGGAGGACGCUAUUACCCAUGCUCUUGGAGCCGAGAGCGACUCUUUAAGUCAAGUUCCGAGAGGAGAGCUAUUCUGCAGGUUCUGUAGGGCAUUAGGUCAUCGAGAAACUGACUGCAGAAACAAAGAUAGUGGUGACAAGAGUCUAAAUCCAUUAAUUUCUGCAAUAUUUCAAAAUAAUCAAAGAAAUUUUAAUCAAAAUUCGAACUGGAAUCGUAAUGCGAAUUGGAAUCGCAAUUCAAAUUGGAACCGCAACACAAAUUGGAAUCGUAACUCAAACUGGAAUAAUGGUGGCAUGAACCGAAAUCAGCCGAGAAAUAAUAACAAUGACUUUUGGCGUAAUAGAAACAACGGCAUGCAAUUGUAUAAUCGAAAUUUUGGUAAUAACGGACAGGGAUAUAACAACGGCAAUCGUAAUUCUAAUGGUGGCUAUAAUAAUGGCAAUCCUAAUUUCAAUAAUAACAACAAUGGUUUCCGAAAUGGAAGCAUUGAUUUCCGAAAUUUCAACGGUCAGAAUAAUCAGAAUCGUAAUGGUCAGAACAAUCGUCCGUUCAACAGGUCAAAUAAUUUUGCAGGUAUUUUUAAUCCAGCACAAGUGAACCAUCUUCAGUAUGAGUAA